AUGUCGGGGCUCGGGUCAAGGUUUAACGCUUUCAAAAGGACUAAUGUCAUACUGCAGCACUUGAGGCUGUGCGCCCACACGGAUGCGGCCGCGGAGGUGCUGCUGGAGAGGAGGGGCUGCGCAGGGGUGAUCACCCUGAACAGACCCAAGGCCCUCAACGCCCUCAACCUGAGCAUGAUCCGGCAGAUCUACCCGCAGCUGAAGAAGUGGGAGCAGGAUCCCCAAACCUUCCUGAUCAUCAUAAAGGGCGCCGGUGAGAAGGCUUUCUGUGCUGGGGGAGACAUCAGAGAAGUGGUGAAGGGAGACAGGAAGAUAAGCCGGGAUUUCUUCAGAGAAGAGUAUGUGCUGAACAAUGCCAUUGAUUCUUGUCAGAAACCGUAUGUUGCAUUUAUUCACGGAAUUACAAUGGGUGGAGGAGUCGGACUCUCCGUUCACGGGCGUUUCCGAGUGGCUACUGAAAAAUGUCUCUUUGCAAUGCCAGAAACUGCAAUCGGACUGUUCCCUGACGUGGGCGGAGGCUAUUUCUUGCCAAGACUUCCAGGGAGACUUGGUUACUUCCUGGCAUUGACAGGGUUCAGGCUGAAAGGCAGAGAUGUGCACCGAGCAGGCAUCGCCACUCACUUUGUAGACUCGGAAAAGUUGAGCCUGUUAGAAGAAGAUCUGUUAUCCCUGAAAUCUCCUUCCACAGAAAACAUUGCAGAUGUCUUAGAAAGUUAUCAGACAAAGUCCAAGAUUGAUGAGGACAAGGCGUUCGUGCUGGAGGAGCACCUGGGCACGAUCAACAGCUGCUUCUCCGCUGACAGCGUGGAGCAGAUUAUCGACAAUCUACAGCGAGAUGGCUCGCCCUUUGCCCUAGAGCAGGUGAAGGUGAUCAGUAAGAUGUCUCCAACGUCGCUCAAGAUCACGCUGCGGCAGCUCACAGAGGGCUCCUCCAAGUCCCUGCAGGACGUGCUGACCAUGGAGUACCGGCUGAGCCAAGCGUGUGUGGGAGGCCAUGACUUUCCCGAAGGCGUCAGGGCAGUGCUGAUAGACAAAGACCAGAGCCCGCGCUGGGAGCCGGCCCGCCUGGCGGACGUGACCGAGGAGGACGUGAGCCGGCACUUCAGGCCUCUGGGGAGCAGCGACCUGCGGUGGUGA